UUUCAGCUAAAAUUGAUCAAGAGGCAGAGGAAAACUCACUGACAGAGACUCAUAAAUGCUUUUUGGAGACUACAGCCUAUUUCUUCAUGAAACCAAAAAUUGGAGAGAAGGAGGUGUCCCCAAAUGUUUUCUUCAGUAUCUGGCAUGAAUUCAGCUCUGACUUUAAAGAUUUUUGGAAGAAAGAGAACAAACUCAUUCUACAAGAAAGAGUAAAAGAAGCCGAAGAGGUGUGCAGGCAGAAAAAGGGGAAAUCACUUUAUAAAAUAAAACCAAGACAUGACUCUGGAAUUAAAGCAAAAAUAAGCAUGAAAACCUGAACAAUGAAAAGCAGAAUGAACAUGAGUCACUGUAACCACUUCCACAAAAUUCAGCUGACCUGAGGAUGGGAAGAAAACUACAUCAUUUUGUUCAUUUUUCCUCUUGACCUCUUGCACAAUCUUUGUGUUUUCUAGACAGUUCACUGAUUGUUGAAUUUUACUGUACAUUCAUAAAAAUGCAAAAGCAGUAGACCAGUGGAUAAUUUGACACCUUUUCUUUUUGUAAAGUUUAUGGUAUUAUAUUGAUAGACCAAAACAGCAUGUAUAAGAGGCAAUAUUUGCAUUAAUGCUGAACAUGCUAAAUGUUAACCUAAAAUUUACUUUCGUGAGAAUAUUCCUUAUCCCAGCAAAACACUUUCCUUUCUACUGACAACCAGUACUCCAUGUCACUGCAUUUAGAUUUAUGGUUAAAAUGUUAUUUCUAGUGAAUUGUUUGUAUCAGUUACAUGUCUACAUAUAAAUUUUCUAUUUUAAAAUUUAAGUACCAUUUAUAUAUCAUGAUCAAGGCUUUCCCAAUUCUUGGGUUGCUCUCCCUAACUAUAUAUUUGUGAAAGAAGAUUAUCAUUUUUUACGCAAGUCAGAUAAUGAAUAGAAGAAAUAUAGCAAAAGGUAAACCCUUUCCUAUAAAUCAUCUAAUAUAGGCAGGAAUCAGAGUUUUAAGUUUAAUGAGGGCUUUUAUCAGCCUGUGUUCUCUGAGACCCUACAUAAAGCUAAUCUUCAGCUAAAAUAAACUAAAGGUGUGCCUCUAUAACUUUACCAUUGGCCUUCAAAAAGAAAACAUGACUCAAUAUUUUGAAGGAAUUUAAAUAAAUGAUGCUCAUAAAAUUGCCAAACGUGACUAAUUGUUGGCCAAAAAAGGGGAGUGGGUAGUAAGUUUUUGGAUGGAUUGGCAUCUGUUAAUUAAACGUACCGGCCUGAGUAUUUUUACAUGAUUGGGAUUGUCUUUAUGUGUUAUAGCAGGUGAUUAAAAGCUGUCAGAUGAAUAUGUAAUGAUUGGUUAUCUGAAGGAGCUUAGGAAAGGAUUUUCUUUUAUUUCACUUUGAGGGGUAAAAAAAGUAAAUCUCCCACUCUUUGUGAGAGGAUGUUAAAGUCAUCUCCUGAUGCAUUGUGAUGGUUUUGUCUAACACUAAUAGGUAGGGUUUUUAAAAAUUCUUUUGAUGAUAUUUGUUGGGGGUUAUGGUUGUUGAUAUUUCUUGCUAUUGGAAACCAAUCAUGGAAAGCAACUUAAAAAAGAAAAUGUUCCGAAUCAUAACUAUAUUUGCGUUUAUGUAAAGUAUGGUCUCUUACCUUUUAGUUUGUAAUUUAAGUGCAAAGAAACAGUAGUGGAUUUUGGUUGUUGUUUUGUAGUCUUCCUGUCUCCUUCAGUCCCUCCAGUGUGUAUAUUACCAUUCUUCACUGAAAUAAUAGGGCAUUUAACAAAGAUCGCUAUGUGCAAUACUGUAUUUAGUGUUUCUAUUUCAAUUUUUCUAGGAUGUUAAU